AUGAGAUCACACAGUCCAUAGAUAACAUCAGAACCUUACAAAUGUUCUGUUAAUUUUUUCACACCUCUUAGAGAUAGACAUAUUUCUUAACCUUCCACAGGCAAGCAUCUUUUUGAAUGUUCUCCAAGUGAAGCAUAAUAAAUAAAACAUGGACUUAUACCAUAGCUUCAACAAAGAUUAUUGGAGAAACAAAAGUUAUUUGGAACUUCUGGUAAUUAUUAUCAGGGUUAUGGGAAAUUAAAAAAGGAAACUUUGAAUAAUUAUAGUAGUGUCUUGUUUAAAAGUGGAUAUGAAUAAUAAGAGGAGAUUAAAAGAUUGAACAAAGAGAAUGAAAGUUUGAAGGAGACUAUAAAAAAAUAAGAGGAGAAAUUAUCGCAAUACUUGGAGAUGGGAGAUAUUUUGGAAAAGAACCGAUUGCUUUAAGAGUAAGUAGAGAGAUUAGAAAAAGUAAUAUAGUAAGGAAAUCAAAAAGAAAAUAGCUAGAAAUUAGAAAAUGAAUGA